AUGCAGAUCGGGACUUUUCUUGUGCUCGCGACGGCGGCAAUCAGCGCUCAAUUCGCAGCCGCCGCUUCGAAUGACACCGAUCUUCCAUUGGCUGAUUAUUGCAAUGGGCCUCCUACGAAUUGCAAGUUGCCUGAUUGCAGAUGCUCGGGAGUCGACAUACCCGGAGGACUCAAUGUGUCAGAUGUACCACAGUUUGUAGUUGUUACAUUCGAUGACGCAGUAACUCUGCAGAGCUACCACUACGCCGAGGGAAGUUUCCGCGGACGUAAGAACCGCGACAAUUGUUCAGCAGCCUUCACAUUCUUUGUUUCUCAUGAGUACACAGAUUACGAAAGAGUAAACGCUCUAUGGAGCUACGGUCACGAAUUGGGUCUUCGUUCCAUUACAAACACACCAUUGAGCGACUACUGGAGAUACGCAUCGGUCGAUGUAUUGAAAAGAGAAUUCGGAGGUCAAAGGGAGCAAUUGGCUCAUUUUGCAAAUGUCACAGCUAGUAACAUCACAGGAUUGAGAGUUCCAUACCUUGAAUUAUCUGGAAACAACAGCUUCCUUGCUUUAAUUCAGUUGAAUCUGACAUACGACUACACAUGGACCACAAAAAAAUACACUUCUCCCGGUCUGUGGCCAUACAAUUUGCAAUAUAGAUCGAGUCAGGAAUGUGAAUACGGUAACUGCCCGACUGCUUUCAUGCCUAAAGCUUGGGAGCAUCCUUUGUUGACAUGGUUGGACAAGUCCGGAACUCCAUGCGUAUCAGUCGACUCUUGCGCAAAUAUCCCCGAUGAAGAAGAUGAAAUUGUACGUUGGAUGGUAACCAACUUCAACAAUAGUUACCACACCAACAAGGCUCCAUUCAGUGUCUUCGUUCGUACCGGAUGGUUUGCAUCCAGAGAAGUUAAUUUCAGGGCUUACAACAAAUUCUUGGACUACCUUCAAACGUUGCCCGAUGUUUAUCUGGUAUCCGCCAACCGCGUUGUUGAAUGGACUCGCAACCCAAUUGCCUUAUCCAAAGGAGGUCCUUUCACUUCCUGCCAGAGGGUUCGCGCUCCAUCCUGUAACAACGCUAAAGUCUGCCGUUUCUUAAUGCCCACUGGUGAAGAACGCUACAUGACAUCCUGCCAACCUUGUCCUGUUGCAUAUCCUUGGCUCGACGAUCCUCUCGGUCACGGAUUCAACACAACACAAUCGUAA